AUGCACAUCUCCACGGGAUUAACCAACGAUGUGCAAUUCAUCUCUUCGUCACCUUAUAGUGAUCAAAGCGAUCCUAAAGUUGCAGCGGAAUGGCCUACCGGAGCGUUACAUCUAUGCACUUUUGUACCACUGCGGGAUCGCAGAAUACGUAAACUCUGGAUCGUGGGUGCUUACGCACCUACGGAAACCGCUGAGGACAACGGUAAGGACGCCUUCUAUGAUGAGCUCAAUGUGUUGCUGUCUAAAAUACCAAGCCAGCAGGUGAUCAUUGUCGAACUCGACGCAAAUGCGAAGACGAGACUCGAACAGCAAUCCGAUAUGCUAGGAAAAUGGUACUAA